UCUCCACAGCACCCCUUGCCAUCUGGACAUCCUCCGACCUGUCACAAGUACCCCGUCUAUCUCAGCUAGCCUCACGCCAAUCCCGAUAAACUCUCGUGAAUCGCAGUGCCUCCACCCCACAUAUAAGCGAUGGAUCCCCGGCUGAUAUUUCCUCGAGCCCACCCACCUUUGAGAGCACCCCGUUUCGUUCCACCUCCCCUUUAGCGCAAACCUUGUUCUGAAAGAUGGCCGACACGAUCCAGCACACCCACAGCCGUCCAGCCAGAUACGAUAUUGUCAUAGUUGGGGCCGGGUUUUCGGGCAUAUUCCUGUUGUAUCACCUGCGCAAGCUUGGCUACUCGUGUCGGGUCUAUGAAGCAGGAGAUGAUAUUGGGGGAACAUGGCAGCAACACAUCUACCCCGGUGUGCGGGUGGAUUCGGAAAACUGGGUUUAUCAACUCUCCAUCUCAGAGAUAUGGGAGGAUUGGUCGUGGAGUGAACUGUACCCCUCUGGCCAGGAACUCCGCCGGUACUUUGCCCACGUGGAGAAGAAGCUCCACAUCAAAAAAGAAGUGGAGUUCCAAACCAGGGUGGUAAAGGCCCAAUUCCUUCGUGAAAAGAGUCGAUGGCGCAUUGAGACACAGGACGGUCGGGUCACCGAAUCGCAAUUCUUUCUGACCUGUGUGGGAACUUCAGCAAAGCGCUACACACCCGACUUUCCCGGAGUGGAGCAUUUCAAAGGUGCUAUUCAUCAUUCCUCACGCUGGCCGCGCGAGGGUGUCAACGUUCGAGGGAAAAAGGUGGCCGUGAUAGGCACGGGUUCCACGGGGGUUCAGCUCAUUCAGGAAUGGGCCCGGGAAGCGGACACUCUGACCGUGUUUCAGAGAACCCCCAACCUGGCUUUGCCAAUGCGACAGCUUCAGCUUCCACCAGAACAGGAUUUUAUGAAGACGGUGUACCCGCACGUCUUUCGGGAUCGCGAAAGAACCUUUGCCGGCACCGGAUUCGAGCCAGUACCUAAAGGAACAUGGGAGGUCUCCCCCGAGGAGCGGGAGGCGCUGUACGAAGCCAACUGGAAAAAAGGCGGGUUUCAUUUGUUAAUCGGAAGCUAUUUUGACAGCUUCUUGGAUCAGAAAGCGAACCGAUUGCUGUACGACUUUUGGGCCAGAAAGACCCGCCCGAGGAUCCAUGACCCCAAGAAACGGGACCUCCUGGUGCCGAAGGAGCCACCACAUCCAUUCGGGGCCAAGCGCGGGUCCCUGGAAGAGAACUAUUUCGAAGUGUUUAACCAGCCCAAUGUCCACCUGGUGAACCUACGUGAGGACCACAUUGUCGAGUUCAAGUCCCAUGGCAUCGUGACGAGCAGUGGUGCGUUUCACGAGCUUGACGCAGUCGCAUUUGCAACAGGUUAUGAUGCUGUAACGGGAAGUCUGAUCAAUUUGGGGCUUCGGAACACCGAAGGCAAAUCCUUAGAGGAGGAAUGGAAGGAUAGUGCGAAGACAUACCUAGGGCUGACAAUCAGCGGCUAUCCGAAUAUGUUCGUCAUGUAUGGGGUCCAUGGCCCAACAGCACUCUCCAAUGGACCCGCGAGCAUCGAGAUGCAGGGUCGUAUGAUCAUUGACGUGAUCCAGAGAAUGCAUGCCAACCAACUGUCAUCCAUCGAGGCUACACCGGAAGCCGCAGAUGCGUGGACAAAACGGGUGGAGGAGAUCAGCAACGCGACGCUGUUCCCUCAAGCAGACUCUUGGUACGUUGGAGCGAACAUUCCGGGGAAGAAGCGACAGAUGCUGAAUUUCUGUGGGGGAUUGCCGGCCUAUGAAGAGGCAUGUGCUCAGGCUUUGUCGAAUUGGGAGGGGUUCCGGACUUUCCAAAGGCCGCAUCUCAGCUGAGUGGCUGACGUUGGUAUAUCAGUCCGUUGACCAUAUCCGAUGUCAAGUACCACGUAGACUAGAGGAACAUAUCCCUCCAAGCCACGGGUGUAGAUGAUAUAGUAUAGCAACUGUCUCAACAUUCGACAUAUAGAAGAACAAUCAUUUAGCUCAUAAUUCAAACACCAUACGG